CCGCCGCCCUCGGCGCCCCGCGACGCCCCCCGGUCCCGCCCGCCAUGCCGGGCCCGGCCGCGGGCAGCAGGGCCCGGGUCUACGCCGAGGUGAACAGCCUGAGGAGCCGCGAGUACUGGGACUAUGAGUCUCACGUCCCGAGCUGGGGUAAUCAAGAUGAUUACCAGCUGGUUCGAAAACUUGGUCGGGGAAAGUAUAGUGAAGUAUUUGAGGCCAUUAACAUCACCAACAACGAGAGAGUGGUUGUAAAAAUUCUCAAGCCAGUGAAGAAAAAGAAGAUAAAACGAGAGGUUAAGAUUCUGGAGAACCUUCGUGGUGGAACAAAUAUCAUUAAGCUGAUUGACACUGUGAAGGACCCUGUGUCAAAGACACCAGCUUUGGUAUUUGAAUAUAUCAAUAAUACAGAUUUUAAGCAACUGUACCAGAUCCUGACCGACUUUGAUAUCCGGUUUUAUAUGUAUGAACUACUUAAAGCUCUGGAUUACUGCCACAGCAAGGGAAUCAUGCACAGGGAUGUGAAACCUCACAAUGUCAUGAUAGAUCACCAACAGAAAAAGCUGCGACUGAUAGACUGGGGUUUGGCAGAAUUCUAUCAUCCAGCUCAGGAGUACAAUGUCCGAGUAGCCUCGCGGUACUUCAAGGGACCAGAGCUCCUUGUGGACUAUCAGAUGUAUGAUUAUAGCUUGGAUAUGUGGAGUUUGGGCUGUAUGUUAGCAAGCAUGAUCUUUCGAAAGGAGCCCUUCUUUCAUGGACAGGAUAACUAUGACCAGCUUGUUCGCAUUGCCAAGGUUCUGGGUACAGAUGAGCUGUAUGGGUAUCUGAAGAAGUAUCACAUAGACCUAGAUCCACACUUCAACGAUAUCCUGGGACAACAUUCACGGAAACGCUGGGAAAACUUUAUCCAUAGUGAGAACAGACACCUCGUCAGCCCUGAGGCCCUAGAUCUUCUGGACAAACUUCUGCGAUAUGACCAUCAACAGAGACUGACCGCCAAAGAGGCCAUGGAGCACCCGUACUUCUACCCCGUGGUGAAGGAGCAGUCCCAGCCUUGUGCAGAUAAUGCUGUACUUUCCAGUGGUCUCACGGCGGCCCGAUGAAGACUGGAAAGCGACGGGUAAUGCAGCAUUGAUGCUUGCCAAUAAAACCAACCAACCAAACACAAACCUUGAAGGAAAACUACAGUGUGAUAAAAAGAAAUUCUAGCCAUUCCUUCUAAACGCAAAGAAGAGUAAAGACCUAAAAGUCUGUCAAAAAGAAAGAAACUCCCCAGUACUAGUCUGCAGGGAGCUGCCGUGCGGCAGCCUGUCGAUGCACAUAGUUGAGGAUCUGAGGAGACGCUCCCUUUGGAAUGCAUGGGAGAUGAGAGACUCGGAGUUGUUGUUCAUUUACUUUACUUAACAGAAGACCACUGUUGAAUUAACCCGUUCAGUCAACAAGCUCUGAAUAUCUGACUUCCUAUCUAUUCCACUGUGGUCUGGGUUUCCUUUGGUGAGAUUCAGGCUCAAGUUCUAGCAAAAUGUCAGCAGUCUGUACUGACACACCAGCCUCAUUUACAAAAAGGAGAAACUAAAACAGUGACAGUAUUUUUUUUUAAGCUCUUUUACAAAUUCAUGUUUUAUGUAUUUUUUUAUGACAUGAGCUCUCUAAGAAAUGUACCUCAUCCCUGCAGUUUUCUUCUAAGUGUUUUCAUUUGUGAGCAAACUGCAGUCACUCUCACAGGAGUCCCCUUGGAUGUCAGGAGGCAGCACUUUAAGCCUUGUGACGCCAGACAUGUCCAUCUGUCUCAUCAGAGUUGGAGACUAAGUGCAUAACUCAGAGCUCAGUGUAACUUUCGUUGAUUUGCCUAACCAUAAAAUCUUGUUGCUCUUUUUUUCAUAUAGCUUUUUUUUUUUUCUUUCUUCAGCCUCUUAAGGAAAACUUCAUUUCCCAGCACAACCCUGUGUGUGCAUCUAUUUAAAUGCAUGUCUUUGAAACAAAGACUGUGUUCACAGCCAUAACUAAAGCUGGAAAGUCAGGCUUCAGGGAGGGAGAAAAAGACAUCGUAUUAGAAUUUAUUCAGGAAAGACUAUUGGGUGAAAAAAAAAAUACUCCUCUCCUACCCUCCCAUCCUGUACCCCUCUCUAUCCCCAUGAAAAACAAUUUCCCACUGUAAUCAGGAUUAUCUGUGUAUUUAAGCUCUGAUAGGUAACAUGCGAAUGUGUUGGCACAGAUAAGUCUUUCUCAUGUGCAGGGACUAGAGUUGUGUGGGCAGGGCCACCCACUACCCCAAGGCUAACAUCCAAGGGGCUUAGAGAGGGAUUGGAGCUCCUGGGGUGACUAUCAGAGCUUGGGGCCCAUUGUGCUAGCCUUGACAUUAGCAAAAGAAGCUGAGUUUUGUCUAAGAUAAAAAGUAGGGCUGAUUUCCCUCUGGGGACUUGUCAUCCACACGGUUUGCACGCAGUCCCCUGACCCCAGCUGCAGAGCCCCCCCCCCAGCUGUGGGGACCUCAACACACCUAGGCUGCAGCUCAAGGUGUCUGCCACCACAUCACACUUUAGAAUUUCUUUAUUAAAUAUUUAAUAAUGCCGUACAUUUUUAUAAGGUUAGAUUGUUUGUUUGAAAACAUCUGUUUAACAUUCCAUGUUCCAAUAAAAUCAUAUUGGUAUUGGUAGCAGGUCCUAUCUCUAAAUGUAGGUUUUAUAUUUGUCAUUUGGUUGAUGGGAACUUAAAAUACAAAUAAAACUCUUACUAUAGGGUUGAGCUUGUAGAGUAAAAUAAGAUCCCAAAGCCAGGAAAUGCAUUCAGUUAGGUUCUCAUACCAGUGCUACCUGCCUGCAUCGUACAUUCUGUAUGUUAAUAUGUACAUUUGUUCUACCUGAAAAUCAAAAGACACAACAGGAGCUCUUGGCCAAACCUGUAUUGAUAAAGCAGGCAGCAAAACUCAGUGUUUUGGAUUAUCAGAAGCCUUCUUAAUGUGCCCUUCCAGGCAACACUGAACUGUUGGUUAUUAUUUAUCAGGGAGAUGUGCCACUGUGUGUCUUUCCUGCCCCACCCAUCUCCUCCUCCGUCACCCGUUCCCUCCUCUCACCUUCUUUUUUAAAGUCACCUAUCUGGACCAGGCAGGAGGAGCCUAAUGGAUGGUCCUGGUGAAGCAGUAAUCCUGUUUCUUUCUCUUGGGUCCCCCAGAGGCAAUAAAAGCAUCUGGAGGAGAAGAGUCAGGUGACUAACCUCUGCCUCUCUCCUCCAGUUAUAUGAUCUAGUGGAUGCAAACACAGCUAACCUCCCUGUCCUUGGGUUCUCUGGCUGAAGCUUGGCAAAGGAGUAAUUCUUCCUUUUUAUGCAUACAGUUUACCUUUCCGCCACCUGUAUACUUUUUACCUCUCUUCAUGCCUUAGACAUACGGCAUAACUAAGUUUAAAAUGCCCACUCCUUUCUGAGUCUGGUCUUGACAUCCAGCUUCUGGCUGACUGACUAUGGAUGGUUCUUUCCCAGACUGAGCUGAGUCGUCUAGACCGUUCCUCUUUUACCAUCUCCAGAACCAUUCUGUGUCCACAUGGACCUCGCUCUCCUGAGGUUUUAGAGUAUUUACCUGGGUUAGGAGGCGGUCUUGGAGGGUUCCAAUAGAAGGAUAAGCGCGUGCAUGCAUGUGCGUGCGUGAGUCUGGUCUUAAGUGUACGUAGACAAAGCUAUGGUAGAUUUACCCGCUCAGUAUCCUUUUUGGUUAGCGUGUUUCUAAAAUUCAUCUCAGUGAUUUUCGUUAGACAUUUCGUUUGCUUCAUUACCUUGUAACAGGUUAAAAGUGCCUAUGAUAAGGACUUAUUUCCUAAAGAAAAGCAAAAAAAGGUGGGGAACAGGGUAGUGUUACACUGUCAUCUCAGGUACUGCCUGUGUUCAGGAACAUAGACCUGGUGUGGUGAGAACAAAAGGUUCCUGUGCCAAAUACAGAUCCACGUAUCAUUGGUCAUUGGCCACAAAUGAGCAUAACAGUAAGGGUUUGCCCCAGCUGAGCAGUCCCACGGCGAGAGCAGAACUGAUGAAGUGCUAAUGUUUUCAUCAGGUUUGCCUGCAGUUCACUCUCCCGGGGAUCUGUCUGCUGGCCUGCCCCAUCCCGUCCCAUCCCUGCAGUAGGUGACCAGGUGGGAGAGGCCAGUGAGUGUAUCACGCAGCCCAAGCAUCCCCAGGUCUGACCCGUUAGAGGAGCACGGUGCCAGUUCUGUGAGGCACGUGAACCUCCGUCUGCUGGGUCUCCUAACAGAUGUUGUCCAGCACGUCAGUACUUAUGAGGCUCAAGGCAUGUGUAUUCCCUUGCAGAGCAGGAAGGUACCCUCAAACUGAUGAGAGGAGGCCGAAGAGCUUGUAAUCCCUGGGAGCCGGGAGAGAAGAUGGGAGAGGGGGCUGUUAAAAUAAAGAGAACCAGUAAAAACAGUUGAAAGGUCCAUCUUGAGGAGGGAACAUGACUUCUUGAGGGGAGAAAGCAAGGAGCGGGGAGGCACAAAGUUCAAGUUCUGGAACAUGUCCUGAGGUGGGCACUGCCCCUGGGAUUGGUUCCGGAGGGACUGCAUGGUGCUGCUCUCAAGGCAGAUGCUGAGUCCCAGAGAGAGCCCGCAGCCGUGGGUCUCACUCAGUCUGCGCCUACUCAGGGAAAUGACUUCGCUUCUCCCAGGUGCUGCUUUGAUGAGGAUGGAAGCAAAAUUAUUUUGGGACACAAACAAUUGGAAAAGUUUUUGUAUAUGCAUUGAAAUGUAUCUGAGAGAGCCCUGGUGACAGUUUUCUUUAAUGCCAGUUCAGAUUAGUGAUUCAUUUAGGAACCUGUGUUAUUGCACAAGCACUCACAGGAAAAAAAGCAAACUUCCCUCCUACAAAUUAAUAGGAGUGGAUGGUAAGUGAUCAGUCAAGGCCAUUGAGGUAUAAACCCCAAAGCAAAAGCAGGGUCCACAUGAGCACACAAGAAGCCAAAGUUUGUCCGUGAGCUUAAUAUAGCUGAGUAAUAUCUUGCCUUUAAAAACUAACCCCAGGGUGGGGAUGAGGGGAUGGUAGAUGGCGAGGAAACAUCUGGCUGAGAAAACCAGUAAUAACGUAUGCUUUGGAGCUGUAUGGAUGUGUCAGUGAAAAUGACCCCAACCAGGUAUUGUAGAGGCUGGGGAAGGUGAUGUGAUGGAAUUAUACAGGUGAUGCAUACUUUUGUGUGGAGACUCAACAAUGUGCUACAAAUGUGAUACUUAAUCCUGAACUGCAUGUAAUGGGGAUUGUUUAAAAAAAAAAUUUCAAUGAAUCAAUAAAUUAACAGUUUUUCACUUGCUGGCUUUUCUUGCUGUAAAUCGUAACUAAGAGUUUGGGUCAGAAAUCUUGACAACCAGUGGAAAGCUUGGAUAAAUCUUCAAGAACCAUGGAGCCGACUGUUUCCUUCUGUUUGCAGAAAAGCAACACUGCCUGGGUCGUGAUCCUUUACUUAUGACUGCUUCAGACACAGUUGGCCACCUCUUUGUAUCACUGGAUGACCUAUGUAUGAUUUAUGUGCUGCUGCCCUUAGAGGAAAGAAAGAUGCCAUGUUUAAUCCUGUUUUCAUAAAUAAAAAUGUUGAUAAUCACCAGCCUUCCCAAGUGGGAGAUGAGCCACUGCCAA